AGAAAAAAAGCCAACCUCUCUAGCAAUACAUACCAGACUGAGCUUGUGCAGAGUGCUCCACAUGAUAUGUCUUAUCAGGAGAUAAGAAGGGGACACUUGAAGAAGUGGAGGAUCAGAGAAAACAGGAUCAAACAGCCUUUUUACACAAUGCAGAGGAGUAACCCCUUAGGUUCCACAGUUAGUAUAACAAACAUGCUUUACUGCCAGGGGCGGACUGACAACUCAUGGGGCCCCCGGGCAAUAGGGAUCAUGGGGCCCCUGUGUCCUUGCCCAAACUCAAAAAAGCCAAUGAAAAAGGUACCAGGGACAUCUCAUGGGGCCCCUACUGACAACAGGCCCUCGGGCAGUGCUCGAGUUUCCAAAUGGUCAGUCCACCCCUGCCAUGUACUUUGAGAACUAAAUGUGAUUACCAGUAUGUUUUAAACUGGAAUUCAUCAUGGGACUUUAAUUUCUACCCAGAUAAAUUAUACAGUUUUAA